AUGUCGGGGACCUCACGUUUUCCCAUUGGAGAGUGGGCACGGCAAAGGAAGGAGAAACGACAGGUUUUAGUUGAAGCGAAUAAGUCUAUUCAAGACUUGGAGGGAAAAAUUACAGAGCUAAAGAGAAAGGUACGUAAUGUUGUGAAAAUAAUCGAUCUUUGGUUUUGUGAUUACCUACUGAUACUCAGAUUAUUUUCAUCGAAGGAGACUUUUCGAUUUAAAAUGCAAAAUAUCAAGAUUAGAAGUGUAAAAUAGUUUUAGGGAGCCACCUGUUCAAUUAUUUGUUUUACAAAUAUGAUAUUGCAUGCUGAUAAAUAUCAUGAUUAAUGAAUAAGAUGGUGAACAAAUUUGUUUUCAAAAUAUUUAUGAGUAAUUUCUUAGAGAUCGAUUUUGUAAUAAAAACAAACUACAUGUAGCAAUGCACUUGUGCACAAAAUUUGUGCAGAGCCAUAAUUAUAGCAAAUCAGUAUUUUGGUGUUUUAAAUGACAUAAUCAAUUUAUUAUUUUAGUGUUUACAAUUUUAAAAUCACAUUUUCACCUCUUGCUUUUUUUUUCUCUCUCUCUAUAGCGAGGGUUAUUAGAAAAUGAAAUAGUGCACCUGCCAAGAGGACAACAUGUUGUAACACCGACCACUCUAGAUGAAAACAACAGUGACAAGUGUGUUGGUUUGUCACACAACAUUUCAGCUAAGAGAAGAAAGCUUACGUAUGAUUGUGCCAAGAAAGUUCACUCUACGCCAAGUACAGAACCUGAAGGUCAAUGUGCAACUGCCAAUGGACUUUGGAGCACCUUGGUUAAAAACUGUAAAACUAAAGUAGUCAUUGAUGUACUGAAAAAGUCAAAAACUGUUUGUAAAACAGUUGUCCCACAGAUUGUGGCUAAAUCUGUAGCUAAAUUUGAAAAGUCCUCAACAAAUUUUCUCAGGUCUGUAAGUGUGCUAUACAGGGGUGGAAUUCUUAGUAAGAGAAAAUAUUGUAAUAUAAGAUCUUCAGAAGUCUUUGAUUAUGACAUCCCAACAAAGAAGCGAAAGCGCACAGAGUUUAAAGAGGGUUGUAGAUUACCUGCACUUGUACCUUACAAGGAGCUGAUGAAAUUUAUAGAGGUACAAGAUAUUGGAAAACUUCAUAGCAUACCGCAGGCUACUGCUGAGAGUGACGUAGAAAAGGAAAACGAAGAAGUUGAUGGCAACUUACUGCCAGUGAUCCCUGGGUAUUAUAUUGACCUUAAAGAGCGUUUACUCCAAAUGGCAGACCUCUACCUUCACAUAGAUAGCCAUAUAUCUAAUUUUCUUACAUGGUUUGGUAAACAGAAGGGUCAUUUUUUAGUAGCAAUGGGUGCAGAUGGUGCCCUUUUGGUAAGGCUAAUGAGGCUUGUGCAUGGCUUGUUUCAUUUUUGA